AUGAAUAGAGGUCUCUUCCUCCGCAUUGUGAAUGCUCUAGGUGAGUGGUCUCCCUAUUUCACUUAUAGGGCAGAUUGUUCUGGUAGAAUAGGGCUCUCGCCAUUGCAAAAGUGUACAGCAGCCAUGCGCAUGCUAGCCUAUGGCACCCCUGCAGACGCACUUGAUGAGUACUUGAAGAUUGGGAAGUGCACUGCAUUAGAGUGUUUGGACAAGUUUGCAAAGGGGGUGAUUCAGGUUUUUGGUGGGGAGUACUUGCGACGCCCCACACGGGAGGAUGUUGAGCGUCUUCUUCAGGUUAACGAGUCUCGAGGUUUUCCUGGAAUGCUAGGAAGUAUUGAUUGCAUGCAUUGGCGAUGGGAGAAGUGUCCUCUUGCAUGGAGGGGGCAAUUCACCCGCGGCGAUUAUGGAGUACCAACGAUGAUCCUAGAAGCCGUUGCUUCCCAGGACCUUCGUAUUUGGCAUGCUUUUUUUGGAGUUGCUGGGUCAAAUAAUGAUCUGAAUGUGCUCAAUCAAUCCCCACUUUUUUUUGAUGCACUGAAAGGAGAAGCCCCUCAAGUCCAAUUUUAUGUCAAUGGGAAUGAGUAUACCAUAGGUUACUACCUUGCUGAUGGUAUAUACCCAGAAUGGGCUGCCUUCAUGAAGACUAUACCACUUCCCCAAAUAGAGAAGCACAAGUUGUUUGCCCAGAAGCAAGAAGGGGCAAGGAAAGAUGUUGAGCGCGCUUUGAGGGUAUUACAGUCCCAUUUUACCUUUGUCCGUCGGCCUGCACGUCUAUGGAAGAGAAAGAGUGUUGGAAGGAUCAUGAGGGCUUGUGUGAUUCUCCACAAUAUGAUAAUCGAAGAUGAGAGAGAGCAGGCAAAAAUUCAUAUUGACUUGAAUGAGAUUCCGGGGGCUUCAUUUGCUCUACCUCCCGAAGUGAAUGUUGGUGAUAAUCUAUGUUUUGCAGAUGUGUUGCGUAGAAAAGCUACUAUUCGUGCUCGUCCACAGCAUGCCCAACUUAAAAGUGAUUUAGUCGAGCAUAUCUGGAGUGAGCUGUGA